UUUGCCAAGGGAAUUAACAUACAUAUUGAGCAUGUUAAGCACUCUUAGAGCUGAGAUUGCUUCCUGAAACAUGUAAAGGAAAAUAACCAGGAAAAGAAGGAAAUCAAAGAGAAAGAUAUUUGGGUUCAACUGAAGCACCAGCCUGCUCCAGUCAGAGGAGGAUACUUUGUGAGAACCAAUGGAAAGGAACCUGAGCUGCUGGAACCCAUUCACAGUGAAUUCAUGAAUUCAUGGCAUGCUUCCUUGAAGUCACAUGUGCACCGACGUGGACUCAUAGAACUGGCAGAGACCAUACACUGUGUUGGCCCCCGCAGCCCCCUGGCCUAUGUUAGCUAUGGCUGCUACUGUGGCCUGGGUGGCCGAGGCAAGCCCGUCGAUGACAUUGACCGGUGCUGUCAGCGUCAUGAUUGCUGCUACCAGCAUGCCAGGAAGGAGGUUGGCUGCAUAACCAAGCUGCAGUCCUACCCCUGGACGUGCAUCAGUCAGCGCAUUGAAUGUGGACCGACAGAGGAUAAAUGUCAAGAACUCUUGUGCAAGUGUGACCAGGAGCUUGCUUACUGCUUAGCCAAAACUGAGUACCAUUUAAAGUACUUCUUCUAUCCACGUUUCUUAUGUGGGCAGGACCCGCUCAAAUGUGACUGA